GCGUAACAGGAUACCUUGGGACUUGUAUAACUUACUUUCUUGCUUCUCUUAGAAAUGUAAACGAUGUCAGUUUGGAAAUACGCGACUGCAGGGUGUGUUUUUGCUCUUUCAAUUAUGGUCUUGAGGAAAAUGAUACGGUUUUAUAAACGUGGAAUCCCUAUUUGCAGUACUAAGGAAAUGCGGAACAAGACCGUCAUUGUUACUGGAGCAAAUUGUGGCAUUGGGAAGGCAACGGCACUGGAGCUCGCAAAGAAACAUGCCCGUGUCAUUAUGGCCUGCAGGAAUAAGGAGAAGGCAAAUGCUGCCAUAUUAGAUAUAAGGAAAAUGACAGGUUGUGGAGAACUUAUCUUUAAAUACCUCGAUCUCGAAUCUCUCAAAUCAGUUGAAGCUUUUUGUCAGGAUAUAAUUGAACAUGAACAAAAAUUACAUGUACUGAUCAACAAUGCUGCUGUAAUGAAUCACCCUUAUGCACAAACUGAAGACGGUUUAGAAAUUCAUAUGAGUGUCAACCACUUUGGAAAUUUUUUGCUCACAAACCGUCUUCUUGAUUUGAUGAAAAAAUCAUCUCCAAGCAGAAUAAUAUUUGUGUCUUCUGCCUUGCAUAAAUAUGGAAAAGUAAAUUUUGAAGACUUUAAAGGCCAUCAGAGAAAACCAUAUGCAGACAGUAAACUUGCUAAUGUGUACUUCGCACGCGAACUAGCAGAAAGGCUUCAGGGAACAGGCGUUAGUGUACACACAUUACACCCAGGCAUGGUUAACACAGAACUGUCAAGACAUUCUGUUUCUCCAGCUUUAAAUUUCAUCGUGAAUCCAAUUAAAUACCUUCUACUCUCCUCAGCAGAAGAAGGAAGUCAGGGCAUUGUACAUCUUGCAGUGGCUGGUCUAGGCAGUGAUACUGGAAAAUAUUACAACAAAAAAGGGCAGGAAGAAAAGUGGCCUGAGAUCUCUUCAGACAAGGCAAUGUGGAAGAAAAUGUGGGAAGUCAGUGAACAAUUGACCCAUCUCAAUAAAGCAAUUUAACAAUGCUCAAAGACUUUGUAAGGUUGUUAUUUAAGUUUUGAAACAACUGGAGGAUAUGCAAAUCAAAAAAAAAAAGAAAGAAAAGAAAAAAGAUCAUUGAACAUAUCACUAAAUAAAGUUUACCAAAAGAGUGAUGUACACCCGGCCAGCUGACUAUGUGGACAGAACAGUGAACUCAGUCAGUCACUGAAGAAAUAUUUACAAAACUGCUUAUAAACUAUGAAAAGCUGUGUUAAUAACAUAUUAAAUGUCAAAUUAUAAUGUAAAAAUGCAUUGAUCAAUGCCUAGCAUUAUCUCCCACAGAAUUCAUGAUUCAUUUUUAAAUUCAUGUAAUUCGCUAAGAGGUAGAAAUUUAUGCAAAAUAUUUGUUUCAUACA